AAUGUCGCAGCUGAAGUGGUUUCACUAAGGAUGUGCGGACUAGUAAUCUAUGCUUUUUAAAUCUAUGUGUGGACACACCUUUUGGCCAAUGUACACUAUCCGUAUUAUUUUCUAUGUCCGUGACCGUACUUCAUGGUUUUCGCUUGUGUGUGUAUUUGCCUUUCCUUGCGUUGUGUCAUUGUAGUGUUAAUUUUUUGUGUGUGCCAGCAUAAGUCAAGUCACAGAACAGAAGUUUGUAACGUUAACGUUCGCUCAGUGUUCAUAAAUUGCACACGCCCUAAUAGUGAAGUAUACUUUAAAUACUAAGUAUGAUAAUAAAUUAAGAUAUUUAUCUAUUUUUUAGUUUUGUUCUGUUGUUGAAGCAUUAUCAAAAGAAGAAUGUCAGUUAGUGCUAGCGCCGAAAACCUGUCGACAGAUGCCCAAAGCUGCGAUGGGGGCUCAAUGUGCCUGGAGCUGGCGCUGGAAGGGGAGCGGCUGUGCAAGGCCGGCGACUGCCGCGCAGGCGUGGCUUUCUUCCAGGCUGCCAUCCAGGCCGGCACGGACGACCUGCGCACCCUUAGCGCCAUCUACAGCCAGCUCGGCAACGCUUACUUCUACCUAGGCGACUACAACAAAGCGAUGCAGUACCAUAAACAUGAUUUGACUUUAGCAAGGACGAUGAAUGACAAACUUGGCGAAGCCAAGGCAUCAGGCAAUCUAGGAAACACACUAAAAGUUAUGGGGAAAUUCUCUGAAGCCAUCCAGUGCUGCAAACGACACCUGGAGAUAUCCCGUUCUCUCGGAGAUCGGCUAAGCGAAGGCCGCGCACUGUAUAACCUGGGCAAUGUGUACCACGCACAAGGCAAGCAACUGGGACGAGCCGGACAAAACGAUCCGGGACAUUUCCCGCAGGAAGUGAGAGACUGUCUGAUGCAAGCCGUUUCUUAUUAUGAGGAGAAUCUCGAGCUGAUGCGAAGCCUGGGUGACAGGCAAGCGAUGGGGCGUGCUUGCGGCAAUCUCGGCAACACUUGUUACCUUUUAGGAGACUUCGCGAGAGCGAUCCGCUACCACACAGAACGACUCCAGAUCGCUCAAGAAUUUGGCGACCAACCUGCGGAGCGACGGGCUAACAGCAACCUUGGAAAUUCACAUAUAUUCCUUGGGGAAUUUGAGAAUGCUGCUGAACAUUACAAACGAACCUUAGCUUUGGCCGAGGAGCUAGGCGACGCAGCCGUAGAGGCGCAAGCGUGCUACUCGCUAGGCAACACGUACACGCUGUUACGCGAGUAUCGCGUCGCCGAGGAGUACCACGCGCGCCACCUCGCCUCGGCCAGGAAGCUGCAGGACCGCGUGGGCGAGGGCCGCGCCUGCUGGUCGCUCGGCAACGCCCAUGCCGCUCUAGGGAACCACGAGAAAGCUCUCUAUUAUGCCAAUGAGCACUAUAACAUCUCCAAAGAGCUAGGCGAUGUCCUGGGAAUGGCCACAGCUCAAAUGAAUAUAAGCGACCUCCGCAAAGUAUUGGGGCUGCCAACCGAGGCGGAGCCCGCGCCGCCCGUCAUCCCGGACGACAGCUGCGCUCCUCGCACGCCCUUCAACGCUCUGCGCGUCCGCCGCCAGAGUAUGGAGCAAUUAUCUCUCAUACCAAUAACUCCUGAUGGUAAAAAGAACGAGGAAGAGGAAAUGGAUAAGAAGCCGGAAGUGGUUCGAACAGAAUCUGAAGACAAUCCCGUGGAAUCAUUCUUUGAAUUGUUGACCAGAUGUCAAUCAGAACGGAUGGACGAGCAGAGGGCGACGCUCAACGGCAACAAAGAAAACAGGCCUAAGACCAAAAGCUCCAGCAACAAGCUGCAGCGGUCUGCUAGUAGCGGCAAUCCAAAUAACGGUCCCACAGACGCAAUGUUGGAUAUGAUAACGGAUAAGCAGUCGGAGCGAAUGGACUCGCAGCGCGCCGAGCUGCGUCCAGCGCCGAAGAAACUGAGCAUAGAGAACAAAGGCGCUUCUCUACCAGGCCUGCGGCCGCAGCAGACCACCAGUACCAAGCCUGAAGAUGAUUUCCUGGACAUGCUGGCCCGCGUCCAGGGCUCCCGCUUGGAGGACCAGCGCUCCGAGCUGCCACCGCCCAAGCCAGAGGAGCGCCCGAAGACCGUGCCCGAUGACGACUUUUUCGCUCUCCUCAUGCGUGCACAAGCUGGACGAAUGGAGGAUCAAAGAGCUACUAUCCCGUUACAAUCAUCGACUGACAAUCGUCGCAACAAGGGAGGAUCCAGCGUAAAGAAAUAAAGGUGUCGGUAACCACCGAGCCCGGAACCCUCGUCACGUAAUAGUACAAUGUACAGUGAGCUGCAAAAGUGCUUGAAGUGGGUAUACACUUUGGCAGCUGAGUGUACAUCGUCACAUUGUACAACAAAUUAUAUACGAGCCCUGAUGCAUAAGUUUAUUGUGACUUAUAUUUUUUUUGGGUUCUAUUUGUACCAAAAAUUGGUUUCAGACAAAAAUCUAUCCCCUUUUGCUAAAAUAAUUACCACUUAGCGUCUUAACUCGUUAUUUUUUAUAUAAAUUUUUAAGCGCGGUUGCAAAGAUGAGCUUCGAAGCUAGGUUGCAAUAUCCCAAUUGGAGGCGAUAGUUUGAUUGUUUUAAAACAUCCACAAACAAUUAUCAAUAUUUUUGGUCCAUUGAUUUAAGUUUCAAACAUUUGUGUGUUACAUACACACAAAUGAUUGAAAGGUUUUAACCCGACAACGGCAACGUAAAAAAAAACUUCCUUUUUCAAAGUCGGUUAAAUAUGCGUUAUAAAGACAUAUCGAUUGACACCCCGUUUACUAAAAUCGACUCAGUGGUUUUGACGCUACGGUGGAACAUAUAAUAUAUAAUGUUUAUCAAACUUGGAACGUGUUAACAUACCGCUACUACUGAAAACUAGCUGAAGAGAGUAUCAGUUAUAAGAACAUUAUUCUUUAAAGAGUUUCUAUCGCCUUGGUCUGUGUCAAAUAUUUGAAGGGCCAUAUAUUUAAUCGCUAUAAGUAUUCUAUUUGAAUAAAAACAUGGUGUGUAAUAAAUAUGAAAUGUUUAGAUGAUAAGGACAAUAGAAAUUAACCUCGAAAUAAGUACGUCCUGAGGUGCCGUACACAAACAGAGGCCACAACAGGUUUACAAUAUUGACAUGAAUUACAAAUCAUUAUUCAUAUCGUUCUAUAAUGUUCUUUCGGCGCUGAGAAAGGGACUACAGUUUACCUAAGCUAAGUCUGAACGAUAUGCACACAAGUUAACAUUUAGGGGGUGUUGCCAAAUUACCCAAUGCAGACUUUGAAGGAAUCUAGAUAUUUACUUUGCGUAAGAAACGUACAUGUAAUUGCAGUACCGCGUGAAUAAGAAAGAGAUCAUUGUUCGCUGACUGUUCAGACUGCCGGUGAGAACUUUGCUGUGGGACAGCUUCCUAUUCCGUUAUCGAAUAUAAGUAACCUGGAUUUCUCACGGUAGUGUCUUAAUUCAGUAACUCUUACAGAUUACAAUACGAAUGUGAGAAAGGGAAUUUACUCCUUGAAUUUAAAACGAAUAUAAUUAUAUUUUACUAUUAGCAGAUCAGAGUAAUGUAUAACAUUUAACAUUAUUCUUAUUUUUUUACAUUUUAUUUAUUAAUAUAUUCCUACUAUAUAAUAUAUCUUCGACGCGUAGCAUUAUUCGAGGCGAAAGUGUUUUUUCCUGCAAUUUCGUUCAAGUAUCAAAAUUAUAUCUUUCAAGCCCAAGCGGUAUUUCAAUUAUGUACGGGCGAUAUAAUAUUAUAUAUCGAAAUUAUAUGAUUUAAUAAUAUAAAAAAAUUAUAGCAUAAUUAAUAAGAGUAUCUUAAUGAAAAUGUAGGUGUAUCUAUUUUUUUAGUUGAAGUGUUCACUUAUUCUAUGGGUUUAUAGAUCACAUGACUUAUCUCUCUGUCGGUUACGUUAACAUCCAGUUGUACAGUCAGCGUCAAAUACUUCGUAGCAGUCAAAGUAGCCCAAUAGUUCGGUACACCAUAUAUUUAGUAUGGUGUACCGAACUAUUUGGCCACUUUGACUGCUACGAAGUAUUUGACGCUGACUGUACCAAAGAGGUACUUCUUGUAGGGAAUGUAAGAAACAAUCGUGUGAGAACUGAGGUAGAAGUAGUUUAAGAGUUGAAAUAACGUAUCUUUAUGCGAUGAGUGCCAAAAACACAUUACUACUCAUUUUUCAUACCACCAAUUUACAGCUUUUAUUUUAUGCACAUAUGGCAAAGACAUCCAUGGAUGUCAAUGUCAUUCACGAUAUUUCCAGCCGGCAUACGGCAAAGCGGUAGGGAAAAAACGAAGGCGUCAACCCUAAAAUAUGUAGAGAAUUGCAUAAGUCGAUUGUGCUACUUGGACGGGAAUCACGAAUAAGCCCGAAAAUCACUCAAUGCCACGCAAACCUACAUACAUUCCAACUAUUAGGUAAUGAUAGUAAAAGUUAAUGAAAACCCCGAAUGCAUGUACUAUUAUAAUAAAUAAUGUUCUUGUGCCUACUAAAGCGGUGACUCUGUAUUACUUUAGGUAUCAUUUUUUUAAAUAUCUAAUAUCAUUUCAUUGUUCAUUUAAUAUAUAGAAAUGCCAAGAAUACGGUAGACCCCUGUACAAGUCGCGCGUCAUGUUUAUUUGUAGACUAAGGAUAUCGGCGGUAUUACCUACGAUCACAUCAACAAAUUGAGUCCACAUAUAAAAUUCCAUUUAAAAUAUUUACAUCAAUAGUACUGCCACUAUAAAGUUCCUUCGGUCAGCCGUUCAAAAUCGCCAGAGGCGUAAAACAGGGAGGGAGGGAGUAUCUCCCAAACUCUUCACAAACACCCUUGAACAAAUAUUUAGAAGCUUGGCGGUCCCUUGGGAAAACAAGGACGACUGAUGACAUUGUACUGUUUUCCUUAUCAGCCCGUGAACUCCAAAUAAUGCUCAAAGAUCUAAGAUCAGCAAGCCUUCAAGUUGGUCUUACAAUUAACAGGACCAAUAAUGACCAAGAGCACAAAACGUAGGGUCGAGGUAGACGGGCAGAAGAUACAUUAUAUCGACGAGUACCUGUUAGUUCCCAAUUAGUUAGGCAAUUAGUUUCCUUCAGCCAUACAUAGGAUAAAGAAGCCGAAAGACGAAUCCAAAACGCAUGAAGAAGCUAUUGGUCUAUGAAGGAGCUGCUGAGGGGCGACCUUACUUUGACCUUAAAGCGGAAACUCCUACUCCAACCUAUGGUGCUCAAACGCGGUCACUCACACCCAGAGAUGUGAAAAAUAGUUUAUAAAAAGUAUUUAAAUACAAAAUACAAAUACUUCCUUGAUAUACCAUUUCAAAUGCAAAAUACAAAAUAGUUUUCAAAUUUGUAUUUAAAAUACUAAAUACAAAAUAGGUAUUUUCAAAAUGCUUUUUUAAAAUACAAAUACUUUGCGAUAAAAGGUACUCUUAAAUAGUGAAUAACCUACCUAACCUAGUCUGAAUUAAAGUUAGUGUUAUUACUACAAAUUGGAAAGGCUUUCUUUAUUCUUUAAAAAUAGUGUGUAUAUCAGUCCUCUAGAGUGCAAAUUUUGUGUCUCCUCAUGUUUACCGGUUGAAUGGACUUUUAAGUGAUGGUUUUUAACGGUCAAUUAUUAAAAGCAUUAAUUUAGAUUUGUAAUGUUUUACAGCUAGUAUAUACCUCUCGUUGGUUGGUGAAAACGUCUCGUUUGUGUUUCACCAGGGCAGAAAUUGUGUUUACCUCUCGUGCCUUGAAACCCUUGCAACGCUUAAGAUUCCACGUUUUUAAUCUCUCGCUACGCUUGUGGUCAUUUGCGGCGUUACGAAACAGAUUCACCAGUUCCAUGUUAAAAUAAUAAAUAAAUAAAUAAAUCAAUAUUAUAGGACAUUAUUACACAAAUUGACUAAGUCCCACAGUAAUAAGCUCAUUAAGGCUUGUGUUGUGGGUACUAGACAAUGAUAAAUAUUUAUAAAUACUUAAGUCCAUAUACAUAAGGUCGAUAUUUAAACGAUAGAUACAAUAAAAAAAUAUACACUAAGAUAUAUAAGAUAAUACACUAAAAAAAAAACAGAAAACACCCAUGACUCAGGAACAAAUAUCUGUGUUCAUCACUCAAAUAAAUGCCCUUACCAGGAUUUGAACCCGGGACCAUCGGCUUCAUAGGCAGGGUCUCUACCCACUAGGCCAGACCGGUCGCCAUAAAAUAAUGAGAGAGUUGCAAGGAUUGUAACGUCAGAAGAGAUUGUAACUCCUACUUACUUCACCUAAUAAAAAGUAUUUUGUAUUUUGAAAAUAGAAAAUAGGUCCCAAAAACUAUUUGAAAUAAAAUACGAAAUAGUUUUCUUUAAAAGGUAUUUAAAUACAAAAUAGGUAUUUUGCAUUUUGUAUUUGCAUUUUAAAUACAAGUAUUUCAAAUAAGUCACAUCUCUGCUCACACCGAGGCGCAAAAUACCAAAUUGAAGGUUUGCCAAAGAGCUAAGGAGCGCAUGCUCAUAUAAUGCUAGGAAUAAAACGGAUUGACCGAAUCUGCAAUUCUACACUGCGCUCAAAAACGCGCAUUACUGAUAUUGGAGCUAAGACCGCGAAGUUGAAAUGGGACUGUGCCGGCCAUGUCUGCCGCAUGCACCCACAGAGGUGAGCCAAAAUAGCCACGGUGUCGGUGUGAGUGUCACAAAAUGGGCGAGGAGCUGGCAGGCCCAGGCGGAAAUGGCGGGAUGACUUGGACGCAUUUCUCAACGGCUGGCCUGAGAUUGCUCAAAACCGAGACGGAUGGAGAUCAAGGGGGAGGCCUUUGACCAGCUGCGGGACACCAUAUAAGAUACUAAUAAAUAAUAAUAAGUGUGUCCAAGUAGCUGUAACUAGCAAGUGUUUAUUAUUAUUGUAGCCUUGGGUUAAUUCUUAAUUUCGUCAAAUACGCAAUAGUUAAACAAAACUGUACCCCUAGUGUAAAUAAAUUCAAUUUCGAAACGUGACGUACGCGUUUGCGUUUAGUCUCAUUUUGUAUGUGAUUUAGAAAGAGCGCGCCAAGCGGGACGUUUUGGAAACUCAAAAUCCUAUACAAAAUGAGACUUAACGCAAACGCGUUCGUCACGUUAUGAUGUCGAUUAAAUUUACACUAGGGGUACUGAACUAUAACGAUGUUUAAGACAGUCACUGCUAAUAUUUUUAAAAUAAAAAAUAUAAUAAAUAAAAUUGUUCCCGGAUGAUAUUAAAUUAGAUAUGGUAAAUUUACUUGAAUUAAGUGCUUUAAAUAUUGUUAACUUUGAAAUUAAUAUUCUCUUAAGGUUAUGAAUUUUAGUAAAUAUUAAUGAAUAUAUAUAUAUAUAAAUUGAAGGAAUUGAUUAAAAUUACGAUGUUUAGAAUAAACUCCUUGUCAAUGAAAGGUUCCUAGUCGGCUUGAAUGGCAAAAAUAAGGAACCUUACUGUUGGUUAAAUAAGAAUGUUGUGCCACUACUAGUGAAUUUCAGAUAUGACAAGAUUUUACUUAGGUACGUGAUACAAAUGUUCGGUAAUCUCCUCGUUCCAAAAUCUUAAUAACUUAUGAGUUAAAGAAAUCGGUACCUAAAGUAAAUUUCAUCUGAUAUGCAUCAUCAUCAUCAGUUGGCUCUUAUAAUUAUGCAUCAUUUGAGUUAAGAGCAUUUAUGUGAUCUUUGAUUGACCAUCUUCCGCCAGACUACACAGUAGCCUACACUACAUAGUAGUAGUAGUACAUAGUAGUUAGUACCUACUUAUUAUUUUAACUCAGCUACGGUCCAAAGAAAAUGAACGGAGAUUACCUGUCAUUUUUAUUUGCAUUGUAUAAACAAAUAACUGAACUGAUUAUUAAAGUAGUUCAGUCAAAACAAUCAAUUUAAGUACUAAAAGCAACACAAAAACAGUCUGAUAAAAAUUUCGAAUGCUUUAUGGUGUUUGCAGGCUCUAAGUGUUUUUUAACAUUAAUAAAAUAUUUAUAAGUUCUGCAGACUGCUCUUGUAUAUUUAUAAGAAACCAGUUUAGAAUAUUUAUUAAUGGUUUGAAAGUAAUCCUUGAUUAAUAUUUAAAAAUACUAGUUAGACGAUCGAAUAAGAGCUAAAUUAUAUGCGUGUGUACAAUAUUUACACAUUCAUGUUCAUUUAUUACGUGAUUGGUUAUAAUCUUAUAAUAUGUAAAGAAAUUAAAAAAGUAAUUAAUAGAAGCGUAUGUAUGGUAUGAUUCAUCUCGUCCACAUUAGUUAUUCUUGUAUUAUGUACCCUUACUUUAUUCAUACAAGUUUCAUAACUAUGUAAAAAUGUUGAAAUCAGAGAAUGUAUUUAUAUAAAAUGGCUAAGUUAUUUAUGGCAUGGUAGUUACUUCUUUAUACAAAUAACUAUCUACUUACUGAAUAAAAUAAACAAUUUUGCAUAAUUUGUGUAUUAUGUCGAAUUAAAUAUCCGGAAAGGUACUAUAUUUAAAGAAUGAGCUGCUAGACAGGACAGUUCCAGCUUAAGGAAAUUGUGUUUAUAUCUUGCAUUGAGGUGACACGUGUUGAAAAUUUAUAACUCGACAUCAGCGGCACCGUCCAUAGAAUACUUAUACAUACUUAAUAAAACGUAUAUUCAGCAAAAAACCCUCCCGUAUUCUUUGAUCUCUUGUGCCGUUGCACUGUGGGCUGAAAUUCGGCUCUCAUUGACAUAUAAACCGAAGUUGUUAUUUUCAUAUUUUUUUGAUUGAAAUAGGUUUUGCCCAGGUAAUCUAUAAGUUUUAGACAAUUUGUCAAUGAGAGUCGAAUUUCAGCCCACAGUGCGUUGUGUGACACCAAGUCUUCGAGCAACACAGGGAAGGGAGACGGCAUUCAUACUAUUUCCCCUCUGCCAAAGCAUAGGCACAGCUGUGCCUCUGGCGGUGCAUGUUGUGACUCGUCCGUACACAAAAAGAGAUAGGGACCGUGCGCGUUCUGUCAUCUUGUGGCCUGAAUCGGAACAAUAAACAUGUACAUUCACACGUCACGUGUUUUCUUGUGCAUAGUAGGUUCUGCCAUCUUGUGGGCUACAUCGGAACAGUAAACAUCACAUUUACGCCUCGCGCCAAAAAUCUGACGGCUUCUGUGCUGCCUCCUACAGUUCAUGCACGCUCCCUAUCGAGGUGUGCAAGAUUUGUCUUUGACGUGUGUCAUUUUCUAUGUAUUUGUGUCGUCAUUAAAGAUUGGAUUUUGUAUGUAGUGAGUGACAAGUGCGACUGUGUGCACGUUUCCCCCCCGCAAAAAAUGGCAGAAUGAUUUGUUCGGUAAGAUAUCGCUUAGGCUCCUCCCUUCUGACGUGUCGGAAGCCAGUUUUGCUCGAAGCACCAAGUAGUUCCUUUAUUUGUAAUUAAUUACAUUUGAAAUUUUCACGGAAACUACGCUCAAAGCGAAUAGCGAUGAAAGUGAUGUCGAUUUGAUAUCGCUUGUCGGUAACUGCCAAAAAGUGACAAAAUUUGUUUAGACAAGACAAGACAAAGCAAUAAGAGAAGUUUAACAGGAUUAUUUAUUAUGAUGUGGUAAGGCUCUCAAACAGUAACCCCUACUGAUUUAUAACAGUUUUGUUUUUCAAUCUUAGCAUAUUUUAAGUGUACAUGUAAUUUUAGAUAGUAAUUAUUGGUGUACAUUUUAUAAGUACCUAACCGAAAACUGCAGUAUAGUGCAUGUUUUAUAUGCGCACAAUAUAAACGAAAACCUAAGAUUAAGCAUUUAAUUAUAGCCUUGAGAAAGUAAGUUGUUUCUAAUACCAUCUUAUUAAUACUCGUAAAUAGGAAAAAAACUUCUCUAAUUAUUGAAUGUAUAAUUGGUUUAUAAUAUUUUUUUUUUUAAACCGCCUAGGUAAAUAAGAAUGUAAUUUCUUUUUACCUAUGGCUAUAAGGCUUAUAAGCUAAGGCUGAGUUAACAUCACAAUGUUUUUUUACUAAUAAUAACAAUUAUAUAUAUAUUUAAACAAUAAAAUUUCACACAUGAAAA